AUGGCGUCUGUCCCUUCUUCGACCCCGAACGUGGUUGUGGCUCCUGAUGUUGCCUCGUCUUCUCCCACUCAUGAAGGUCUCACUCCAGCCGUCCCAGCCUCUUCCUCUCUAGUUCAUUUGCACCGUCCUCCGCCUACCUCCUUCCCAAGAAGCUCUCCUCCUCCUCUCGACAAUCAUGGUGGUCUCGGCAUUCUGAGUGCCUCUACAUCUCCCCCUUGUCAACCUUCUCAUAUGGAUCAUACGUACCACUUGGGAACUGGAGACAACCCCAAUUUUCUGAUAUCUACUCGUAUUCCAACGGGUCAAGAAAAUUUCCAAUCAUGGAAGAGUGCUGCUUCCAUUUCCAUUGCUGCCAAGAAUAAAACCCAGUUCAUAAAUGGGUCUCUGCCUCAACCCCAUCCUUUUGAACAUUAUUUUCAUGCCUGGAUUCAAUGUAAUAAUAUGGUUAUGGCUUGGUUAUUACAAUCUGUUUCCCAUGAAAUUCAGCUAGCAUUAUGUUCCAAGAUUCAGCCACUGCUAUAUGACCUCCAUGAACGAUUCAAUCAAGGCAAUGGCCCUUGGAUAUUUCAGCUCCAAACUUCAGUCCACACUAUCAAACAAGGAGACUCGGAUAUCAAUUCCUAUUUUACCCGUCUCAAAACUAUUUGGGAUGAGCUCAAAGAAUUUCAGCCGAUUAUUCCUUGCUCAUGUGGCUGCAAAUGUGGUGCUGUUGAGAGACUUCUUGGAUACUAUCACCGAGAUCAGAUUAUGCAGUUUCUUGUUGGGCUCAACGACUCUUAUUCUUCAGUGAGGGCUCAAAUUCUCCUCUACGAUCCUCUUCCUCCUCUGUCCAAGGUCUUUUCCCCGGUGUCUCAAGAAGAGAGACAAAGAAGUAUCAGCCACCCCACUCCGUUCAUUACUGUUCCUGGGGGUUUGAAUAAUUCAACCAAGCCUCCUACAUCAAGAUCAAAGAAACCGAGACCCACUUGUUCUCACUGUCUCAAACCAGGUCACUUGGUGGACAAAUGUUUCUUUCUUCAUGGAUUUCCCCCUGGGUAUGGUGACAAGCGUUGUCAAGAUGAAGCUCGCAAACCCUCGGUUCAUCAAGCUUCCACACCUCUCGUCUCUGCUUCGAUUUUGGGCAAACCACCUACGCUGUCCCAAACUGAGCUCAGUCAGCAGCUUAUCUCUCUCCUAAGUCAGAAUCUCCAGCACAACUCGGCUGCCACUGACAAUACUUUGCCGAUUGCCUCACAAGUUUCUGGUAAUCUCGUUGACUUCCCCUCUUGUCUUGUAUGUGGAUAG